UAUAUAUAGUGUGUGUGUAAUGUAUGGUUUGGUUUUUUUGUGAACUGAAUUCACGCGUUCAUUGUUUAUGUGACGCAAUUGAACCGCAAUUUGUGGUCAAUCGGUGGCAAACCUUUGCGGUUUAAUUAUGACCACUGAUGUCGUCCGACAAUAUUUAUCAUGAAAUUUGUAAUUUUUUUAUUUGAAUUUCUAAAGAAUUUAUCGGUUCCGGGGAUUCAAAUUAUAGCUAUAGUCAGCCGUCAUCCGAGCUGUCAUUGAAUGAUGAAAGAGAGGCCAUGAGGAGGGAAACGGAGAGACUGGCCCUCACACAGCUCGACAAAGCCAGGUCAAAACCCGUCGCUUUUGCCGUUCGGACUAAUGUGUCAUACGAUGGCAGUGUUGAUGACGACUCUCCCAUUCAUGGAUAUGCCGUCUCUUUUGGCAUCAAAGACUUCUUGCACAUCAAAGAAAAAUACAACAACGACUGGUGGAUCGGCAGACUUGUCAAAGAAGGCAGUGAUGUUGGUUUCAUCCCGAGUCCCGUCAAAUUGGAAAUUCUUAGACUACAACAAACACAGACGAGUCGAAGUAAACUAUAUUCAAGUAAAGCUAACUCCGGUUCUACAUUAGGAGGACUGGUUAGCGAAGUCCUCAUCACUUCCCGCUCAUCCAAUUCCGGCGGUUCCAGUCCUCCCACACCGGAUCAAAAUGGUAUUGAUAUGGAUGAUAGUGAUGGCAAUCCCCGAUUAGGAAAGUCAGCGCUAUCGACACCACCGGCUAAAGAAAGAAGAAAACCUUUUUUCAAGAAGUCUGAAAAUAUUCCUCCAUAUGAUGUCGUGCCUUCAAUGCGUCCGGUAGUUUUGGUUGGGCCUUCCCUUAAAGGUUAUGAAGUGACAGAUAUGAUGCAAAAGGCUUUAUUUGAUUAUUUAAAACACCGAUUCGAGGGACGGAUUAUAAUAACCCGCGUCAGUGCCGAUAUAUCUCUAGCGAAACGCUCGUUACUCAACAAUCCCAGUAAAAGAGCUCUUAUGGAGCGCUCAAAUAGUCGGUCCUCAUGUCUGGCUGAAGUUCAGGCCGAGAUCGAGCGUAUCUUUGAGUUGGCCCGAACCAUGCAAUUAGUGGUUCUCGAUUGUGAUACCAUUAAUCAUCCCUCACAACUAGUAAAGACAUCGUUAGCUCCUAUUUGCGUAUAUCUUAAAAUCUCAUCACCUAAGGUAUUGCAAAGGCUAAUAAAAUCUCGCGGGAAGUCUCAGUCUCGGAAUCUAAACGUCCAAAUGGUUGCCGCAGAAAAGUUAUCCCAAUGUCCUGUUGAAAUGUUUGACGUAUUACUCGAUGAAAAUCAAUUAGAGGAGGCGUGCGAACAUUUAGCUGAAUAUCUUGAGGCGUAUUGGAGAGCAACUCAUCCACCCAUCAAAGCCUCUUCGACAUCUGCAGUAACAGUGACCACCUCUCGACCUCCACUUAUGCCAAUGAUAUCAUCUCCGCAUCAAAUGGCCAGAAGAGUGGAUCUCAACGACUCUGGACCUGAUAGUCCAGCAUUAAUGAGAGAUAAUAUGAAUGAGUCGCCUGUGAGAUAUCAUGUGGACAGGUAUGAAACGAUGCGACCGGUUGUUGGCGAUUGUACUCCAGACCACGAAUCUCCUAUUGAUAUGUACGGCGCUCCUCACCAGGAGCUGAGGACAGCUCGUGAUUAUAGUGUUAGUGCAAACAGAACCCGACAUUUUACAAGUGCUUACGGACCGGGUAUUGAUCCCAUGGAUGAUCCCUAUUAUAUGACUACAAGUGGGCCUUCAAUGUCAUCUCAUUAUAGAGAAAUACCUGACAAUAAUUUGACUGCUGAUAAAGAUUUUAGUGAUCGCAGUGAAUGGCUGUCCGGAGGGGCGCAUCACUCGUCCCGCAAUUACUCCGACGAUAAAUACAGUGAAUCCUACGAAGACUUUGUCGAUGCGAUGCCUCUAAGGGAAAGCCAUUACGACUACGACUCGUUUCAUAGCAAUUAUGAUAUGACUCGCAGACCACAAAACAACUCGAGAAAUACUUCGGGAAUUACAAUGAAUGCCUUGUGAUGUGAUCCGAGAGUUGACUAUAAUCUCUGAUCGCUUCAUCUCUUAUAUAUUAAUUUGGUCUUUAAAUAUGUGAUUCAAUUUGUGAAGACAUGUCUUGCGAUAAUACUGUAGUUUUGUUACCAAAUAAUGAGUUAUAUAUUUUAUGCCUCAAAGUAUAACAAAAAUAUGUUGUUUCAUAUGGUUAUGAUGUGGUCGUCCAAGACGUCGAUCAGUGGUUCAAUCAGUUCUGUUGUUUGGUUUGCACUUUUCAAGUGACCAGUUGUUGAAAGAGUAUAUGA